AGAAAGGGAGGGACGCACAGGCAAAUGAGGAGCGGAGCUCUGCCUCUCCUCUCUCCGCCAUCAUCGUCGUCGUCAUCUUAUUCUUCUGCACCAAAAUUCUCGCUAAAAUCUCAACCAUGGCUUGCCGCAAAACCCAUAUCCUCUCUUCCCUUUUCUACUUGUCCAUCCGCCAUUCGUCGGCGGAGGGAAAUCCGAGCACGCAACGGCUUCAACUUCGCUUCCGCAGAGGACGACGACGAAGACGGGGACUUCGGGAGGAAGCGGAGGCGGAGGCGGUGGUGGUCGGAUAAACCUCCGCCGUCGUCGGGGGACCGGGGUUCUGGGGCUCUUGAGGAAUUCCUGGAUUGCUUUUGGAUUUUUAAGGUAUUUCAAUCUUAUGGUUGGUGGCUCCCAGCCAUCAUCUUGUCAAUGCUACUAGCUACAGGUCCAAAAGCUUUUCUCAUGGCAUUGGCACUUCCCAUUGGACAGUCGAUCGCUGCUCUAGCAGUCAGGAAGCUGUUGGGUGGAACACAAGACAAUGCCAAACGCAAGCCAAAGACCCAAGCGAGAUCACGAUUCAGCGCUACAAGUGCAAGCAAUUUGGAGUUGGAGGAAGAGGAUGAAGAAGAAAGCCAAGGGACCGAGAAGAGGUUGAUGGGUUAUCAAUCUUGGGUAGCUAGAGAUGAUGUUUCAGUUGAUAAGGAUGGCCAAAAUGCAUCCACCUUUGGGGGAUGGGACAAGCUGGAUGGAUUGAACGAGUUUGAUAAAACAACUUUCAGAAGAUCGGUCCCAGCCAGUCGGUCAGGGAGGAUGCGAAUGGAGAAGGGCAAGUUUAGCAAGAGAGACAGAAAAGGUGACGCACCCCUUUUGUUGAGGCUGCUGGUUGCUGUUUUCCCAUUCUUAGGUUCAUGGACUAAGAUGUUGUAGUUAUUGCGGGAGAAUUGACCUUGAUAGUGUAGGCGCAGUUUUUUAUUCAUGUUGUUUGAUCUGGCAAGCUUUACGUUGGCAGUCAACUACUUAAUGCAACACUCCUCCUUUGUCCAAGCUUGGGAUUGGGAUUCGCCAGAGGUGUAACCCACAGGCAGAGUUUGCAACUUUGUCAGGUCACCCAAUAAAAUCAGCUGAAUCACCAGAUACAUGAAAUCUGUAAGCCUUUCAAUUGUACUGGCCUUUUACAUUUUUCUAUACCUCAAUGUACAUUCGACAUUAUUUGCCUC